GAAAAUUGUGUACACAAUAUAGAGCCUAAUGGCACGCUAUUAUAGUCUUUCAGCCUCUGUUAUAAGGAACAUCAGUGAAGUUUAUGCGCAAUACAUACUAUAUACCUAGUAAGUUCUAUAUACCUGAAACAGGUACUGCAAAUCGUUACUUCUACAUUGACAAAUAUUCGUCAGUAUACAUUGGGGUUUUGUUUGGGAGGGUCGUGAAAAUGACCGGAGUGGAUGAAAUACUAAAUUAUCAAAGAAGCCUCGAUGAUGAUUUCUACGGAUUGCUCGGAUGUGAUGAAAAUUCAUCAAUUGAACAAAUAACUGCUGAGUACAAAGUGUUGGCUUUGCAAUACCAUCCUGACAAAAACGACGGCGACAAAGAGGCAGAGGCGAAGUUCCUAAAACUAAAGGAAGCCAAAGAAACGCUUUGUGAUCCAUCUAAGCGUGCUCUGUAUGACAAAUGGAGACAGAGUGGCAUUUCAAUGGGCUAUAAACAGUGGCUCGGUAUGAAGGAACACAUUCAGCAGUCCAUGCAUUGGUCCAAGCCCAAUACAAAAGACCGCAUGCUAGAGGAUGAGUCUGGACGUUCUUCGGGUCCUUCCAGCUUGGGACCCAGCAAUGCAGCUGCUCGGCGAGCUUCUGAGGGUGGUGCUGCUCUGUGGGGACGUUGGGGUGGUGGCAAUCAAGAGCCUCCAUCUGAAGUCAUCUCAAAAUUCCGUAACUAUGAGAUUUAAAUCUCUGGUUAUGGUAUUCAUUCAAUUUUAGUUAUAUUAUUUUUUUAAAUCAAGUGAUUACUGUGCCCGGGUCUCUUGACUUUAUGUUGCAAUUUUCUUUAAACUUUUUAUUUUAUCAGUAAUCUAAUGAUUUUUGAAUUCUUGCCUUUUUUAAUCUUUACAUUAUAAAAUAAAUAUUGUUUAGAAUAGAUGUUAGAAUAAAUUAGUCUUUAUGGGCACAAUAUUCAUCAAGUCAGCUCAUGGAACAGGUUUGCUCGAAUGUUACUCGGUAUCUCAAUGUUCGAUGUUUAAUGUUGAAAUAAUUCCAGUGUUUUGCUGUACAUCGGUGUUAGUAACCUCUCAUUAGUGAGGUGAUUUUAGUGUUAAACACUUCAUAGUAGUAGUCUGUCCUUAGCUUUAAGCUAUGCACAUUCCUAAAACUUAUGAGUCUGAUUAUAACAUUUCUGCUGUAAUAUGAUAUAUAAUGUUUUUAAGAAUCUCUAUUAUAUUUUGAAGAUUUAUAUUUUCGAUCCUCUUAAGGAAUAUAUUUAUUUUGCUAUAUGUAAGUAUUACAUAACCCACUGUUUUGAGGAAGGCGAAUAUAUUGGAAAUGUGACUUAAGUGGUAACAGGGUAUUGUUGACAGAAAGGAAAGAUUUUGUUUACUUAUUAUUUGUGAUCUUAACAAAUGUACAACUAACAUGUUAUUGUCUAUGAUUUUUAUUCUUCUACAUGAACAACUAUUUAUGUCUCCCUGAUUGUUAGAUAUAAUUAGAGAUUAAUAUGUGUUAAAUGUUUUUAUCAGUAUUUACUCUUUAUUGAAUGUUUCUUAAAUAUUUAAAUAUUUUAUUCAUAGAUAAGUAGAUUUUGAAAUCAAAUGUUUUAUCUGAAUGUCUAUAGGAAUCUCUAAGAUUAUUAUAAUUUUUAUUUUUGAUGUAAUAUCUGAAUGGAACAAUAAAUUUUAUUAAAAUGAA